GUCGCGUCGACGUCACCAGAUGUGUUGUUACAUAUUGUUAGUGUAAGGGUGCAUUAGCACCUGCUUCUACACCACCUACGCUUCUAAGCUGACGUGCAGCUCCCCCAAAAUGUUCCCCUCACCAUGGAAGCCUCAAUCCACUAGCAACGUCGUGUCAACGUCAUGUCACGAAUCCUACCGACCUGUACCUCUACUCAAGGUCUGCGCAAUGUGAACUUGGAGUCGUCGUCGCCGGAAAUGUCAAUCAUUACGAGAGACAACACCAACGUGGCCUUCUAUCAUGCCUUGGGUUGAUGUGGCUGAACAAAACCCCUGGCUGUCGUCUGAUGAUGAGGGGACUCCAGUACUUUGUGUUUCUUCAGGGCCAGUGGUCGUGAAUACGGCGCCCACGAUCAAGGAAGAGCCUCGUGGUGUUGUCGUCUUAGAAAUCGCCUCUUCUUCUUCUUUUUCUUCUUCUCCCUCCCCAUCUCUUAAAGCGGAGGACAAUGAGGGUCAAGAUGAUAUUCCCGAGUUGCCCGUUACAGGCCCUUUACCAGCUCCCAUCGCCGUGCCUGACGGCCGGAGCACUUCAUCACAUCCAUCUCCGUCAAAUUCCCAUAUCAAUACACCUGCUGUGGUGAAUGGUGGUGAAGGUUCAUACAAGGAGGAAGUUCAUCAUGGGAGUCCUUCCACUGCACACGCAGCUGUUCACAACAGUUCGGCUUCUGUUGCUGCUGCUUCCGAAGUCAAGAGACGCACGUCAAGCGAGAGUCUCUCACCUGCGCCAACAGAGGACGCUGAUAUUGAUGACGACGAAGAUGGUGCCGAACUCAAGGGCCCUGUCCGCGACCCACCUUGCUUCCUAUGUGUCACCAAGGUGACUUUGCGUGGUAAGGGUGACAGUGUAUGUCAUCACCCUGCUAUUAUCAGACAUGGACGGUGGGCAUGCGUCGGUUGUCGCAAGUAUGGGAAACGUUGCGAGUCUUCUCCUGAUUUGGUCGUCCAAGCUUGGAAGGCUUGGAAGGCAGAGCCUAGGGCAACGGUUGCGGCUGAGAGGGCGUUGAAAGCUUUGAGAACAAUAUGUGCCGCAUGUCGCAAUCUUCGACAGCUUGUCAAAAUGGGAAUGAUACCCUCCGCUACAGUGGAAACACUCCUAUCUGGAGGCGAUCUCUACCCCGAAAUCGACGAAGGCAGCUCCCUGCCUGGAGUACCAUCGCGAGCUGAGUUUACAGCUCUGAAGCGACGAGUGAAAUCUGUGGAGGCAAGCCUGCAGCGUCAAAACGUUCUUCGUCGACAUCCAGAGCCAAGAAAGAGAAGAGCCGGACGCGGCAAUUCUGAUCAAGUUAAGAAGGACGACAAGGGCCCAGAAUUGCCCGACUCCGAAGAUGAGGAGAGCUAUGAGGAGGAAGAGACUGAAGACGAAUGGUUACCGUAGCCGGUCCUUCUGAUGAAUCUGCAGCUGCUUCAUCUCAGCACACUUCAUCACGGUAGCAUUUUCUCUUCAUCACGUCUCUCUCCCAUGCUAUUUCCGCCAAAAACUCGUGUAACAACGGUAAACGUUCCAUCUUUGUCUUAGCACGAAAAAGGUGA